CGGGAUGUGUUGUGGGGCGGAGAUGUAAAUUCCACGAAGUUGAGGCGCAUAACACGCGGCGUCUUCUAGUAGUGUGGGGCGCCCGGGUGGGGGGGUUGAUUUGAACUCGUCGUCACCGCAACUCUUUCCUCUUACGUUGUUAAUGGACGUUAUCUUUAUCUGACCUUCGUAACGUGUCUGUGACAAGUAUCCCAUUAUAGAUUAUUUAUCCGCCGUCUCAAAGAAGUCCGGAGAGAGAGAGAGAGAGCUAUCUGUCUGUAAAGCGUCCAUGGAUCACUUGAAGCCAAGCUCUGCUAAUUCCUCGCCUCUUACUCCGUUGGGGUUUCUGGAACGAGCCGCCACCGUCUACGGCGACUGCACCUCCAUCGUCUAUAAUAGCACCACCUACACCUGGUCUCAAACACACCGCCGAUGCCUACAACUGGCCUCUGCCCUCACAUCGCUCGGCAUCAAGAGGGGCCACGUCGUCUCCGUGGUGGCUCCCAAUGUCCCCGCCAUGUACGAGCUCCACUUCGCCGUCCCCAUGUCCGGUGCCAUCCUCAAUAGCAUCAACACCCGCCUAGACGCCCGCACCAUCUCCAUCCUCCUCCGUCACAGCGAAUCGAAGCUCGUUUUCGUCGACUACCUCUCUCGCUCUCUCGUCCUCGAAGCCAUCUCCUUCUUCCCGCCCAAUAUCCAAGCCCCUCUCCUCGUCUUCAUCGCAGAUUACGAUGAAGAAGAAGCAAAAGCAGCCGUUGACCCUGAUCGCACUUACGAAGGCUUGCUCAAGACCGGCGAUCCCGGAUUCAAGUGGAUCCGGCCGGAGACGGAGUGGGAUCCCAUGGUGUUGAACUAUACCUCCGGCACCACCUCUGCUCCCAAGGGAGUGGUCCAUUGCCACCGCGGGCUUUUCAUCGUCACAGUUGAUUCUCUGAACGAAUGGACUGUACAAAAACAGCCUAUCUAUUUGUGGACCCUACCUAUGUUCCAUGCCAACGGUUGGAGCUACCCGUGGGGCAUGGCAGCCGUGGGUGGGACCAACAUCUGUCUCCGCAAGUUCGAUGCCGCGACGAUCUACGCUGCGAUACGCAGGCAUGGUGUGACCCACAUGUGUGGUGCACCAGUGGUGCUGAACAUGUUAGCCAACGCACCUGAUGCCCGGCCGCUUAAGCAACCCGUCCAGAUUCUAACUGCCGGGGCGCCACCGCCUGCAGCGGUGCUGUUCCGGACGGAGUCUCUUGGGUUUAUAGUGAGUCAUGGGUACGGGUUGACAGAGACCGCCGGGCUCGUUGUAGCGUGCGCUUGGAAGCGCCAGUGGAAUCGCCUGCCUGCAACCGAGAGAGCGAGAUUAAAGGCUAGACAAGGAGUGAGGACCAUUGGGAUGGCCGAGGUUGACGUGAUAGAUCCCGAAUCAGGUGCGAGCGUGAAACGAGAUGGAUCAUCACUCGGCGAGAUCGUCUUGCGAGGUGGGUGUGUCAUGUUGGGUUACCUGAAAGAUCCGGCCGGGACGUCCAAGUGCAUGAGUGACAAGGGCUGGUUCUACACCGGCGACGUGGGCGUGAUACACCCAGAUGGGUAUUUGGAGAUCAAAGACCGAUCGAAGGACGUGAUCAUAAGCGGGGGAGAGAACCUGAGCAGCGUCGAGGUUGAAUCCGUGUUAUACACGAACCCGGCUGUGAACGAAGCGGCCGUGGUGGCUCGGCCUGACGAGUUCUGGGGUGAGACCCCAUGCGCUUUCAUAAGCUUGAAACCGCAGGCGCAGAGGCCGUCGGAGAAGGAGAUUGUAGAAUAUUGCCGUGCUCGGUUGCCGCACUACAUGGUUCCCAAGACGGUGGUGUUCAGAGACGAGCUUCCCAAGACUUCGACGGGUAAGAUUCAGAAGUUCUUGCUCAGGGAUAUAGCAAAGUCUCUAGGCGCAUCUCCGGUGAGUCGGAUGUAGAGAUUUUUAAUUUGACUCGUCCGGGUUGAGUUCCGUGGAGUGGCUGAGUUGGUGCAAUUUGGGCUUGUCUCAUCCAUUACUUAUGUGGAUGAUUGUGUGUUUCAACUUUUUCUUCCCUUUUCUGAUAAUAAUAACUAAUAAUGUUGAUGAAGGAGACAAAUUACAAAUACGAACAAAAGAUAUAUAUUGGAUUAGGACCUUAAGAAUGAAGAAAUAUAUACGGUGUAUGAAGGCCUGUCUCAGUUGAUAGAGAUAACCAGUAUUGGCCCUUUGAUUGGAAUGGUAAAGAAUAGGCCCGUCUAUUUUCAUUC